AUGUCCUUUUGGUGGUGUUUGAGAAAGGCGAGCUGCUUCCUUUCCCAUUUUCACUACAGCAUAUGCCCUCGCACAUUGACCUUGGAUGGUACUUUGGAUCUCUUGGUUUCUGGAGACUCGCGAAUGGCCGAUGUUUCAACCGACCUUUACCAUGAGAUAUUUGGCAGCAAUCACGACAGUCUUUUUAAAGGGCUGCCUAAUGAAUCGCUCCGACGCUUCCCAGACAUAGAAGCCCACGUACCAACAAUAGUGAACGCCAAGCGACCAAUCUACUCCGUGUCUAGAUUCUGCGAAGAAUUUACGGAGGUUCUUAAGUGUUCAUACUAUCGGGGCAAGGUCCUGCAUAACGUCGAUCAACUACCACAGCACCUGGGUGUAAUAAUGGAUGGAAACCGCCGCUAUUCCCGCCAUAGCGGGCUCGGAAGCGUUCUGGACGGCCACCAAGUUGGUGCUUACAAGCUCCUACAGGUUUUGUCGUGGGCCUUUAGCUCUGGAGUUCGAAACCUCACUGUUUGGGCACUGUCUGACGACAACCUCAAACGUGGAAGUCAGGAGCUCAACCCGCUGUUCUCAAUGAUGGCCGAGUACAUUGAAGAGAUAGUGGCGGGUGAUGCAGCAUUUCUCGUGCCUGAAAUCCGUUUCCGAGUCGUCGGCAACAGGUCCAUCCUUCCAGAUCAUCUCAAUCAUAUGAUUGACAAAGCCGAAGCUGCCACUUCCCAAAACAUCAAAUUCAACCUCCAAAUGGCAAUCGGCUACGGCGGACGCUCCGAAAUCACACGCGCUGCAAGGCUGGUCGUGAAGGCAAAGGUGUUACAGGAGGGAUUGUCAGUGGAAGAGGCAGUUAAAAAUAUCACCGAGGCUGAUAUAUCUCGUCAGACAUACUCGGCGCAACUAGGAUUACCACAAAUCGAUACGAUACUACGGACAAGUGGUGAGAACAGGCUAAGUGGCUUCGCAUUGUGGGAGUCGCACCAUGCGGAGUUUGCCAUUGUCGAGGAGAAUUGGCCAGAGCUUAGGCAGUCAACAUUCUUAAGGAGUUUGCUGGAUCUAUCAAAGCGAAAUAGGCGGCUUGGGGUGUAG